AUGUCGGUGACAGUCUGCACCUCCUCGGCACCAGGUCUGGCGACCCAGCGAAGAAACCUGGCUGGCAAACGAACAAAUUCACUAGGCUGGGCCAAGGCUGACUGCCACACUUGUGCCGAAAAGGGCCGGACAUGCGACCGUCGUCGCCCAAAGUGCAGCGCUUGUCUUGACGAUGGCGGGACAUGCGGCGGCUAUAUCCAAGCGCUGAAUUGGGAGCGAGGAACUGUUCGACUGGGCAAAUCGAAAUUCAAGGCAGCCGCCUCAGUGACUCGGAGGGCUCCCUCCGAGGAGACUUCCUCGCCACAAUCCCAGUCCCAGCCUCAACCAAAGCUACCUCAACCAUCGGCCUUUGUAUUCGUAGAUCAGACGCACUCAUCAGAGAAACCGAGGAAGAAGCCACGGAAGAAUUCCAAGUCACGCAUAUCGAUUCCGACCCCGCCUGACCGAUCCGCGCGCUCAUCCAUCUCAUCAAACUGGAGCUCUGUCAACCCGACAUCUCCUUCGACCUCUUGGUCACUGACGAAGAGCACGACGCCACUUUCUGCAACAUACGAGUCGCACGAGGUUUUGUUGCCUCUGUCUCCUAGACUGUCGCGACCACCAGUAGAAGAUGCGUUAGCCUUCUACCACGCCCGGUUUUCCAAAACCACCCUCACCUGGGACGUGCCGGUCAACCCGUGGCAAGCAGCCCUCCCUCAAAUCCACGAUGAGGUGCCCUGCGUGCUCUACGCGGCAAUUGCCCUUGCUCAACGUCAACAGGCGCAUCUCUCUCACCAGGCCGAGGGCCUGGGUGUACUCAGUCUCAAGGCGAAAGCCCUCUCGAUUUUUGCGACUCACUUCAACGACCUCUCCUUUGAAUCAGCCAUAUCCACGACCUUGUUGCUGAUAGCAUUGGACUACGCCGAGUCCGGGGUGUCUAACUGGGCCAUUCAUCUCCGAGGAGCUCUCAACGUUCUCGAGUCAAGCGGAGGCAUACGAGUGGCGGAGUCACGGCAGAACCUGCGAAGUCAGAUCGCCAUGUUACUCUGGUACGACGUCGCGGCGGCGAUGCUGUCACGCUGUUCGCCAAUCUUUCCUCGACGAUACCUCGAGUCGUUGAUGCUGUGGCAGCGCGAGACGGAGUGGAGCAUGAUCGGGCUCAACGGGCUUCCAGACGGGAUGUUCCUCGACAUGUACGAUCUGGCCAUGACGGCCGCACACCCCGAUGCCAUCUCGGCUGAAGUUAUCACGGCCUUUGAAGCGAGGAUCACAGGAGCUCUGGUUGGCGACGAGGAAAACAGUCUGCUCAAUGCCAUGUCACAGGUCUGGAAAUUGGGACUGUUGCUGUAUUGUCAACGCGUCUUGGUCCCUUUUGUCCAUGACAAUUACGAUGUCAACUUCGGUUUCGAUUUCGAUUCAUCCACGACAAAGUCUGCUUUUACUACAAUCGACCCAGACUCGUCAUCGUCGUCAUCGUCAUCGUCAUCGUCAUCGCCGUUUCGUGUCACGGCUUCCUCAGAUGAUGGAGGCCCAAGACACCUCGCCAUCGAGAUUCUCAGCAUCGUCGCCGAAUUACCUCCAGACAGCAACUUUCAGAAACAAUGUUUACUCCCCAUCAUACUAGCUGCCGUCGAAGUACCCAGCCGAGAUCUACGGUAUCGAAAAGUCGCCAUCGACUACUGUGUGCGGUGGAAGGAGAGGACGGGAAUCUGGAUCUUCGACUCGGCCUUGGAGUUUAUGAGUGGAGUGUGGUCGAGGAACGAUUCCGAGGUCCAGGAGGUACAGAUAUUCCAAACGAGGAGGGAGGCUCUAAACUCUGGCCCGGGUGAGGACGACAACGACAACGACAACGAUCAUGAUGACGACGACAACGACGACGACGACUAUCACGUGCGAAAUAGAAACCGAAACACGUCAGCGGGUAUGGCUGUGCCUUGGACAGAGAUAUACCCAAGAGGAGUUGAAUAUGGGUUUUUGUUUGGUUGA